AUGGCACGUCUCGGUGGAAGUUGGAGUCUUCUGAAAGAUAACGUCAAUAUCCGCACCAAUAUCCGGUAAGUAUUGCGUUACGAUGAUAGAAUAAACGGACGGGUCGCGAUAAAUUCAAUUAUCUUUAUUCUUUUGUUCGGGAAAAUUUGGUUCAAUCUUCAAUUGGCCAUGUUUCUUGAUAUUCUCGAAUAAUUCUCGAACAUCAAAUGCAAUAGAUCGAGAGGACUUAACUUAAAUGAACCCUUCGAUCGAACAUCUCUGGUUAAGUACAUCUCUGGUUUUCACAAAGUUAAAUACGAUACGCGAUUCAUUUCAAAGAGAACUUAAAAGCUACUUAAAAGCACGAUGAUCUCCGAGCAACUAAAUCAUUGUAUAUGACAAGUUACCACAUCUUCCUCUGUAAAUUCGCUGAACUGUCCAAGAACACAUCGGCAGCCAAAUAAGGUCAAGGUACUCGUACCUAAUUCAUUAGAUAUCCAGUAGGCCAUAUUAAACAGCCGUGCUCAAUGCUAGCCAGAGAGACUGUUCCCAUCGAUCCGAUUGUAAAUCAAGCUGUCUCUACGUUGCACACGGCGUACAUUAAUAAACUUAAACGUGUAAAAACGCGUAACGCAGAACGUAUCCGAGCGGCGGCGCAAGAAUGUCCUUGGCGGACACGAAGGACAAGCUGUCGUCCUCGAAACCUUUUCGUGCCGCUGGACAUUACGGAAGCACCGUCAGCCUGAAGAGUCUGGCGACAGAGAGUUCCGGAAACGGCGGCACCAGCCUAAAGUGUUUGGACUGCAACGGUGGUAGCUUGAUAAAUCUGCACGAGCAGACGGAAGUGUCGCAAAUCAGGCAGAGAAGCCCGAGCUUGCCACCGAUUUACAACAAGGAUCGGCAACAAUAUCUUUGUCAGAGCCAACAACGAGAUUUCGCUGCAGAAGGACUGCAUUACCACUCCGAGAAACAUCAUCGGCUGUACGAUCGUCAUGAGAAUUCGAGGAACAAUCAUUACGGCUCGCAAGGCGAAGAACGCGAGGGAGAGACUUCCGGUUACGCCAGCGACUCCGUAGACGUGCCGGUAUCGGCGAAAGGAACAUUGUUGCCCGAUUGCAAGCCACUAGGAGCGGACAUGAGCGAGAAGACGUGGCAGAAUCCCUACCAGACAACACCCGAAAGUUCAUUGCCACCAUCGAGGAGAUUAUCUGAUGGUAGAAUAGGCGAACUCAACAGGCCAAGAUGGGGUAGCGUCUGGGGCCAGGAGAUUGCACGAGGAGAUCCACCACCACCCUCUUGGCUGUCGAGAUUAGGCCACUCCAGUCAAGUUCUAGUUAUUAAUCACGACAGUGCGAGUAGUUCGGAUAGCUCGACGGUGGGCUCAAUUGGAUCCGACAACAAGACCUAUCUUCGUGGUCAAAAUAUUCCUGUCGAUGCACAAAUCCUUCAAGAGCGAGAGGUGAAGAGACAGAAAGCUCUGGAGCUGCAGAACGCGAUCAAAAAGCAACUGGAGGAGAGGGAUCGACAAAGGAAAGAGGAAAAGGAGCGACGUAUGAGGGAGGAACGACUGGAAGAAGAACGGAUCAAACGAGAAAGGGAGAAGGAGAAGGAAAGAUUCGAGGAGGAGCAAAGAAAACUGAAAGAUCGGGAAGCGGCUAAGUUGAGGCAAGCCGAGGCGAUGCGCGAGGUUUUAGAAGCGGCGGAACGUUUAGCGAAGGAACAAAAGAAAUUUCGGCGAAAGUGUGAGAAAAAUAACGAAGAAACGCCCGCCGCGUAUUCCGCGGAUCGUGAAUCCAAUACUUCGUGUGAAAGUCAGACCGACAAGAAUUGUCCGAGCGAGAGGAGUCAACCGAAUCCAAGUUCCAACAAUGACGAUGUUAAGAACGAAACGGAAACGUUGAAUAAAGAAGAGAGUAAUAACUACAACAGUAAUAAUAAUGAAACGUACAAUGAUAAUAACAAUGAUGACAACAAUACGACGGACGAAUCGGAACAAAAUACCGACGAUACGAAAUCAGUUCAGGUUCCUGUCAGCAAGGAUGUGGCCAUUGUGUUGAGUGGCCGACUCGAAGAUUCAGAUCUGCUGAAUAAAGCGAAUCUGCAGUUAGUCAAUUUGGUGCUGACUCCAACGCCAAGAAGAUUGGAAAAUAAUUCCAACAACAAUUUGUGCGUAGGUUUGAAUAGCCUGAUGCAGAACAUAGGAUGUUCGAACCUCACUCCAAAUUCCUCUAGAAUAUCGUCGAUAAUCGUUGAGAACAGAUUACUCACUCCGAGCAAGUACAGAGCCACGAACGGUCGAGAUUUCGGCACGCAAACAGAUAUAGAAAAUGAUCAGGAUUACCCGGUGAAAGUGCAGGACUUGUCCGCUAAGGAUACUUCUAUGAAGGACCGCAAGGAUGCAACGAAUGCAAUUAAAAGGGACAUCGAAAAGUCUACUAACGUUGGAUCCGUGGAUGAAAUUCUUGUAAAGUCGUUCCCUCGGCCGAAACCUCAAGCUAGAAGGGCUAUAGAAUCCAGACCGCAGUGGAAUGCUAAUAGGCCGGGAACUCGAUAUCGUACGCAGAGUGAAAAAGAUCCUCAUUAUCAACGACGAUUGCGAAUGAGGAGGCGUCAGGUGGAGUCUAGCGAUGAACGUUCCAGGUCGCCAUCUCCCGACAGGAGAAAAUUUCUAAACAUUAAAUCGAAAAUUCGAGCGUUGAACAGGCCAAAGCUGAAGGUCGACAACUACGACGCAGAUCUCUCGAUGGAUAGCUUGAAUUCCAUCAUACCACUGAGAACUGAUAAAAAUGGAAGACUCACUAUCGAGGAUACUAGAUGCGAACAAAACGAUAAGACUCGACAGCUAGGCAACGCUCGUACAGAUAACACCGACGAUAUCAAGAAAUCAGUAAACGAAAAUUCCAAUAUCUGGUGCGGCCAAGAGAUUUUAUCGAAAUUAUCUACCUUGAAAAACGGUCUUUUAAUGAAACAGAUCGAAUGGGAUUCCGAGAGAUGCCUGAUCUCUCCCGCUGCAUCCGAGAUCUUUUAAGAGAAACCAAAGAACAAAAAGUCGCGCUUUUCGUUCGUCACGUUUUUGUUGCUUUCGUUUUUAUUUUCGUAGAAAACGAGAUCGUACAGACAACAUGUAGAUAAUGGCCUUCCAGUUGGACGAUCUUCUAAAGGAAGAUAAGAAGGAUGCAAAUUUAUUGCCUGAUUUAAGCAAGGCAACCUGUAAUUCUCAAGAAGAAUUCCGACGGCUUCUUGAAAACUGUCCUGAAUUUAAAAUUAAGCCGGAGAAGGUGAAGAAAGACGAUACAAAAGUGCGCGAUAAAGAGUUUUCUUGGAAGCCAACGAGGAAAGAAUUGAAAGCGCUUGGGAAAGAAUGGAAUUAUGGAAAUCCAGUACCUCCGGACAUGAGGGAGUUGCAUCUUGGCGAAUUGCAACAGGUUGCUAUCGACUGGAGAAUGUUAACACCGAUCAGGCCAAAGCAUCGGCAAGACGAAGAAAUGUUUUCCAGAUUGGUGGAAAUGGGCAAACUGGAAGCAAAAACAAUCGCGAAAGAACGACGAUCGAUUGUAAGCCCCAUUCGACGUACUAAAAAUCGCGCCGGUAUGAUCGAAAGUAGCGUAAAAAUUUGUGCCGAGUGUGGAGAGGAGUAUUGCUUCGGUGAAUAUUGUGGCGAUGUCAUGUACGAUUUAUUUGUGAGGGUAACCGUCACGAUUCAACAGCCGAAAGUUAAAGUAUCAGCUGACACCGAAGCGAUAAUAGCUAACAUGGAUCGUAAAAAGAAACGCAAGAGGAAGAAAAGGAUUAGAAGCAAGAAGAGAGCAUCUAGGAAAACUGGCAGACUGUUAAUUCGAAGCAAGGGAAUGAAAUCUAUGGUUAAUGACUUGGGAAGAGGAAACAGUAAAAGCAAAGUGGAGAAUGAAGGCGACUCGAAGCCUGUUAAGCCGUUCAAAAGAAAAUGCAGUAAAUAUACUAAGAAAGGAUUUCGAAAAUAAGCGUAGGAAUUAAGGAAAAUUCAUCGAUCCAUUUGCUGCAAAGAUGAGUUCAAGUCGAAUGAUGAAUGGUGAAUUCAAGUGAAACGACGCAUGUGUUUGUUUGUGUUUGUGUUUUUAACCAUAAGCAGAUUAUAAUUAGUAAAUAAUAUAUAGAUAUUGUACAAGUUUGUAUGAUGUAAAUAAUUAAAUGUAAAGGAAGUAAAAAUUAAAAGAGAACGAGAAGAUGAAGGAAUAAUCGAUGAAAAAGUAAAAUGAGAAAAAACAAGGUUCUGUAUGUUUUAUUAUUUGUCUAUAUUCUGUGGUCCCUUGAAACGUGGAAUAAACUAGUACUUCCUUGUACAAUAUUCAAAAACUGCAAUGACAAUUAAAAAUGUAGGUACAAAACACUCUAACGGGCAGGCGCAGUGAAUGGUUGCAACCAAAUGUUGGAAAAAUAUAAUUUUUAUUCCUCAUUUCCUCAUUUACCCCUUUUUGCCUUUUUUAUGAUCCAUUCUUUCUUCGCUUAUACUUCUAUCCCAAAAAAUGUCACAACCAAAAGUCAAUUAAAAGAGAAAUAUUCUAUUUUUAUGUUUUUGUACCGAUUUUUUUACAACUAUAAGAUACAUAUGUUGCAAGAAUUUAUAGAAAUUUCCAAAGUUUGCAAUAAUUGCAUAGUUCAGACAAGCGGGCGCAGUCAUUGGAAACAGAAUAUUUCUCUUGAAUUAUAUUUUUUCCAUUGAUUUUAAAAGGAAAUUCCACUUAUAUAUAUAUAUAUCGAUUUCAACAUUAAAUCGUGCGCUAUAUAUAAUAAUAAUAAUAAUAAUAAU